AUGAGGGAUCGUUUUAUUCCUCACAAUUUCAAGCAAAGUCAAUAUGUGAAGUGGAGCACUUUGCAACAAAAUGGAGAAUCGGCUGAGGACUACAUCAAAGAGUUUGACAGACUUUCUAUCGUGUGUGAAAUCACGGAGAAUGAAGAACUCAAGAUGGGACGUUUCGUGGCUGGGUUGGUUCAAGAGUUGCAAGACAAACUUGAAGGUUACACCAAUUUAACCUUUGCUGAAGCUUGCAAAUUUGUGAUCAAGUUUGAUUCAAAAAGGAAGAAGAAGAAGCCGAUUGUCACCCCUCAAGCGGCACGAAGACCAACCUUCCCUGUCAAGGAUGGUUCUUCUUUUGUCAAAGCCAACGAUCCACCUAAGAAGGACAAGAAAGAUUUCAAAAUGAGUGACAUUGUUUGUUACAAGUGCGGAGGAAGGGGUCAUUUUAAGAAGGAUUGUCCAAAUUCCAGAGCUUUGACCAUACAAGAGGUAAAGCUUAUUGCUAAACAAACUAUCAAUUGGGAGGAUUUCGAGGUUGAAGAAGUGGAGGACGUGAAUUCUACUGAAGGGGACGGGGAGGAAGAGCAAUGUUUCCCCGAAGAAGAGACCAAAACAAAUCUGGUUGUGAGAAGGGCGUUGCAAGCUCGCGUUGACGAACCUUUAGCACCGCAAAGGCAACAUAUUUUCAUUACCAAGUGCAAGAUUAAAGACGAGGUAUGUGAUUUAAUUGUUGAUGGUGGUAGUGAGGCAAACACAGUUUCCAAAACCUUGAUAGCUAGACUUGGUCUUACAACGACAAAUCACCCACAUCCUUAUAAGUUGAGUUGGUUGGACUCUAAUUCUAGCACGGGGGUUAGGAAACAAUGCAUGGUUAGUUUUUCUAUUGGGUCUUAUCAUGAUACUCAACUGUGUGAUGUUGUGUCUAUGGAUGCUUGUCACAUUUUGCUUGGUAGACCUUGGCAAACUGAUCGAAAAUCUCAACAUGAUGGGUACCAUAACACUUACACUAUAACUCACCAAGGAAAACAAAAAAAAUUGCACCCCUUACCACCCCCGCGGUUUUCACAAAAUCCUAAACAAUCAAAGGAGGUGUCAUUGCUUACCCUUAAGGAAUUUGAAAGGGAAAUUGAUGGUGAGGAGGAAUUAUACUUGUUGUACUCUAAAGAGAUCCACGAAAAUUUUGUGAGUCAAAAUCCCAAAUUAGCUCAGUUUAUUAAGGAUUUUGAGGAUGUUUUUCCCGAUGAGUUACGGAAAGAGUUACCACCUUUGAGGGGAAUUGAACAUCAAAUUGACCUCAUUCCCGGUGCUGCUUUGCCUAACAAACCUGCCUAUAGGUGUAAUCCCUUGGAAACUAAGGAAUUGCAACGACAAAUUGAGGAGUUGAUGAGUAUGGGGUAUGUACGUGAGUCUAUGAGUCCGUGUGCUGUUCCUGCUCUUUUGGUCCCUAAAAAGGAUGGUACAUGGCGUAUGUGUAUUGGUAGUAGGGCUGUUAACAAUAUUACUAUCAAGUAUAAGUUUCCAAUUCCAAGACUAGAUGACAUGCUUGAUGAACUGAGUGGCUCGAAGUGGUUUUCAAAAGUGGAUUUGAGGAGUGGUUAUCAUCAAAUUCGGAUGAGAAAAGGAGAUGAAUGGAAGACCGCUUUCAAAACCAAGCAUGGCUUGUAUGAGUGGCUCGUGAUGCCAUUUGGACUAACCAACGCACCUAGCACUUUCAUGAGGUUGAUGAACGAGGUGUUGCGACCUUUCCUUGGAAAAUUCGUGGUGGUGUACCUUGAUGAUAUCCUUAUUUAUAGGAAAAAUGGGGACGAACAUUUGAUACAUUUAUUCAAAGUUUUCACGGUUUUGAGAGAACAAAAAUUGUAUGGAAAACUUGAAAAAUCGUUGCCUCGAGACAAGUUCGUGCAUGGAGGUGCCAAGGAACAAGCCGAGUUCAUGAUGAAAAUCCACAAGGAAGUAAGGAAGAACAUCGAGAAGGCUAAUGAAAUCUAUAAGAAGCAAGCCAACAAGAGAGUCAAAAACGUGAGAAGUUUUGAAGUUGGUGACUUAGUGUGGAUCUACAUGAGGAAGGAAAGGUUUCCCAAUCAAAGGAAGAACAAGCUCAUGCCACGAGCCGAGGGUCCAUUUGAGAUAGUGGAAAAGAUCAAUGACAAUGCCUACAAGGUAGAUUUGGGAGGAAAGUAUGGCGUCUCAAGCACAUUCAAUGUGGGGGAUCUAGCACCGUACUAUAAUGAUGAAGAAUUGAGGGUAAUUCCCUUUGAAGAAGGGGAGGAUGACCAAAGUGGUCAAGAUUCGAAUAUUCCAGUCCAAGAGUUGAACGUUAGGGAAUUGAUUUUGUCCAAGUCUUUCUUCGAUGCUACUCCUAUGGAUUUUGGCAUGCACAGUCCAUAUAAUUCCUCAAAUGGUGGCACCAUAUUGAGCGUGACUAAUUACCUCAAUAAUGGGGGAAUGUAG